AUGGAGCAUCUCGAUUGUGUGGUUAUCGGCGCUGAGUCGGGACGAUUAGGCUGGUACGGUCUAGGAUCUGCAAAGCAGUACCACGCCCAGCAUCCUCACCACACCCUGGCCAUCCUGGACUCGUCUCCCACGAUCGGCGGGGUUUGGGCCGAGCACAGACUGUACCCGGGAUUGAAAAGUAACUGCCUCAGAGGCAGUUACGAAUUCCCGGACUUCCCCCUCACCGACGACUACGGCGUCCCCGACCGCAAGUACCUGCCCGGUGAGGUCAUAAACCGCUACCACGUGUCGUACGCCAAACACUUUGGCAUCCACCCCUUCUUCCGCGGCAGCACGAGGGUCUUGAGCGCACAGCACGAGGUCGGCGAGGGCGGCUGGACCUUGACCGUCCAGAGCGGCCAUGACGUGCAAGAUGCCGACCGCGACCUGCCAACCACGCAAAUAUUCACCAGGCGGCUCAUCGUCGCGACCGGCCUGACCUCCGACCCGUUCAUGCCCAGGUAUGCCGGACAGGAGAACUACGGCGCGCCGCUGUUCCACUCUCGGGACUUCAAGCAGCACGCCGACACGCUCGACGCCGGCCGCACCAGGCGCGCGACGGUGCUGGGAGGCAGCAAGAGCGCGUGGGAUGCCGUGUACGCCUUCGGGUCGCGCGGCAUCCCCGUCGACUGGGUCAUUCGCGAGUCGGGCCACGGCCCGUGCUGGAUGAGUCCUUCGUUCGUGACGCCGUUCAAGAAGUGGAUCGAGGCGCUCGUCAACGUCCGCUUCCUGACGUGGUUCAGCCCCUGCGUCUGGGCGCAGGACGGCGGCUACCAGGCCGCCAGGAGGUUCUGCCACGGCACGGCGGUGGGCAGGGCGCUGACGAAGCUGUUCUGGAACGUCCUGGGAGGCGACGUCCUGAGCCUGUGCCGCUUCGACUCGCACCCCGAGGUGGCCAAGCUCCGGCCCUGGACCGACGCCUUCUACGCCGGCUGCAGCUUCAGCAUCCUGAACUACGACACCGACUUCUUCGACCUCGUCCGCAGCGGCGUCGUCAAGGUGCACAUUGCCGACGUCGACCACCUGAGCCAACGCAAGGUGCACCUGGCCGACCGCGAGGGGACGGUGCUCGAGUCGGACGCCUUCGUCAGCGUCACGGGCUGGAGGGACAAGCCGCCGCUCAAGUUCCUGCCCGAGGGGAUCGAGGCCGAGCUGGGCAUGCCGCACCUCCCCGCCCCGGAGCCGGUGCCGUCCGACCUGGCCAGCCAGAGGGGGCUGUUUGAGCGCGCCGACGCCGAGAUCUUGUCCCGGUUUCCGCGCCUCAGGGACCCGGGGAGCUUCAACAAGCGGUACGUGCCGCUGGCGCAGCAAAAGGGCGUCACGGUGGACGAGGACAAGCUCACGCCGACCUCGCCGACGUCGACGUUCCUGUUGCACCGGUUCAUGGUGCCGCCGUCUGCGCGGUUCCUGCGGACCAAGGAUAUUGCCUUUGUUGGGUUCAACAUGAACUUCAGCAACGCAAUAACAGCCCACGUGCAGGGCCUCUGGGUGAGUGCCUACUUUGACGGCAGGCUGGAACGCGACCCGAGCGCCGUCAUCAGCAACGACGACGACGGCGGCGACACCAAAACAUGGGCAGCGGAAAAGACGCUCCAGGACCUGCAGUACGAGACGGUGCUGCACAACCGGAUGGGCAAGUGGCGGUACCCGCACGACCACGGGGCCAAGCACCCGGACUUUGUGUUUGAGGCGCUGCCGUUCCUCGACACCCUCAUGGCCGACCUGGGCCUGCCCGUGCACCGCAAGGGCGGCUGGUUCAGCGAGGUGACGCAGCCGUACGGGGUCAAGGACUACUCAAACGUGAAUGAGCAGUACGCGGAUAGGUUGAAGGCGUUGGAGGAGAUGCCUUGA